AGGGGAGGCCUUCUGUUGGGUUUUUCUUUUUACAUAAUAAUGGUUAUGUGAAGAAAAGGAUAGAGGGUGCUCUCUCCGAUCCCAGAAUUCAAUUAUUUCCUUUUGGUCUCUGUCGUUAUUUUCCCAGGCAGCAGCAGCAUCUCCCGAGGUCGAUGAUUGACUACCUAACGCGAACUUGACUAUUCAACCCCGAACUUCUUCUCUCUUUUGUCAUUCAUAGUUCCAUCUUGGAUGACUAUCCGACCACAGUGAUUGAAAUGGCCGAACUUGGAGACGCGGAAACGAUCCGCAUCCUGGUCUCGACUGACAACCAUGUUGGAUAUAAUGAACGAGACCCUAUCCGAGGGGAUGACAGCUGGAAAAGCUUCCACGAAGUGAUGUGUUUAGCCACGAAGCAUGAUGUGGAUAUGGUCCUUUUGGCAGGCGACCUUUUCCAUGAGAAUAAACCUUCACGGAAGUCCAUGUACCAAGUGAUGCGCUCAAUGCGCAUGAACUGUCUUGGUGACAAGCCCUGUGAGCUAGAGUUUCUCAGUGAUGCUAGUGAAAACUUCCAGGGAGCAUUCAACCAUGUGAAUUACGAGGACAUGGAUAUCAACGUCGCUAUCCCUAUCUUUUCCAUUCACGGUAACCAUGAUGACCCGUCUGGAGAGGGUCACCUGGCCGCUUUGGAUAUCCUACAGGUGUCUGGAUUGAUCAAUUACUACGGACGGACUCCAGAAUCGGAUAAUAUCCAGAUCAAGCCCGUCCUGCUACAGAAAGGUCGAACUAAGUUGGCAUUGUAUGGAAUGAGUAACGUCCGAGAUGAACGAUUGUUUCGCACUUUCCGUGACGGCAAGGUGAAAUUCUUCCGACCAUCAAUACAAAAGGAUGAUUGGUAUAAUCUAAUUUGUGUCCAUCAAAAUCAUCACGCUUACACAGAGACUGGAUAUCUCCCGGAAAACUUUCUCCCAGAGUUUCUGGACCUUGUGGUCUGGGGCCACGAGCACGAAUGCUUGAUUAAUCCUCGUAUCAACCCCGAGACCAAGUUCCGCGUUAUGCAACCGGGCUCGUCCGUUGCGACAUCCCUGGUGCCGGGUGAAGCUGUGCCGAAACAUGUGGCAAUUUUGAGUAUCACUGGCAAGGAGAUGAAAUGCGAACCAAUCCGGCUCAAGUCAGUGCGUCCGUUUGUGAUGAAAGAGAUAGUCCUCUCGGAAGAGAAAGGUGCACAGAAAUUAGCCCGAAAAGAGAACAAUCGAACCGAAGUGACACGUUUCCUUAUGACGAUUGUCGAGGAGCUUAUCGAGGAAGCCAAAGCGGAAUGGCUAGAAAUGCAAGACGGGGCAGCAGAUGACGAGGAGCUGGAAAUACCACUACCAUUAGUAAGACUUCGUGUGGAAAUAUCUACGCCAGAAGGCGGCAGCUAUGACUGCGAAAACCCGCAGCGGUUCUCCAAUCGGUUCGUGGGCAAGGUUGCCAACGUCAACGACGUGGUACAGUUUUACCGCAAGAAGAAAGCCGCUACUACGAGUACAGGCCGGAAGAAGGGGAAUGAGGUCGAAGAAACGUCCAUAUCACAUCUUACGGCCUUGGAUACCGUGAAAGUUGAACAACUGGUGCAGGAAUUCCUCGCGUCACAGUCCCUAUCCAUUCUUCCACAAAAUUCUUUUGGGGACGCUGUUGCGCAGUUUAUCGACAAAGAUGACAAACACGCGAUGGAAAUGUUUGUCAACGAUUCUCUUGACGGCCAAAUUAAACACCUGCUAUCUCUCGACCGUGAUAGCGAGACGGAGGAAGAUGCUACGCCGCAGAGCUCCCUGCAGCAAGCCAUGGAGAAAUACCGGUCCCAAAUGGAGGAGAUGUUCUCCAAGGGCGUUAAGAAACGCUCUCGAGGGAAGAAGCGAUUCAAACCCAAACCCGACGGGUGGGACAGCGAAUUCGACGGUUCCUGGGAAGAUCAACCAGGCGCACUGAUCCACUCUGAUAACGAGGGGGGCAAUUCCCCUGACGACAAGGACGGUGCCGAGCCGGCCACCGGACGAUCCACGACUUCCACCCGUGGCCGCGGUCGUGGUAGAGGAGGGACAGCUGCAGCCACCCGGAAAGCAGGCACUACGACGAAGAAAAGUGCACCUACGAAAACAACGCGGGCUCGCGGCCGUCGCGCCGUCUCUGACGAAGAAGAAGAAGAAAAAGAACACGAAGACCACGACGUGGUCAUGAUAGACGAUGACGACGAUGACAACAACCAACCCCAACCGCUCUCCGAUAUCGAGGAAGACUCCGACUCCCAAGCCCUAUUUGUCAAACAACCGGCCUCGAAAUCUCGCAAAGGUAAGGGGGGCAGCACCACUACUAAUACUACGACCACAACAAGAACAACCAGCCAGCGCCAAUCGAAACGCUCGGUGCCAUCUCCUGCUUCCUCGAAUACCGUGGGUGGGACAGCUGCACGCAAACCAAGAGGAGCAGCAGGCAAACAAACACAGUUGACGCUGGAUUUUGUCGGGUCUCAAUCUAGUGCGCGUGGGUCUACAGCCGCGAGUAGUAAUACGAGAUCCAUGCGGCCGAAUCGGACCACUCGAAGUGUCAGUGUUCUGAGUGAGGACGUUGAUGAUAGUGAUGGAUUUGAGCCGAUGCCGAGUAGUCGACGGAGGAGGUAGAUAAUACUUCACAUACCCCCGGAUUCCAUCUGCCCGAGAAAGCGAGUCAUCCGGCCCCAGUUAGAAUCACCCAGUAGAACGAGGGAACGACAAGAAGGACCAAUGGAAUCUAGUAGGAUAGGAGAAGAGCAUCUCCAGCG